AUGUUAAGCAACAGUCAAAAUUUAAAUAGUGUUACUGAAAAAAUAUUGGAUUUGUAUAAAAAGGAAGAAUGUCCUCUGCAUAUUUGUGUUCAAAAUGGAACAUCACACCUUUAUCAUGUAUUGAACGAUGUCAAUCAAGCAAAUAGGUGUCUAAAUACCCCACUACAUCUAGCCGCUUUAUAUCAAAGAUUCGAUUUAGUACUAUGGUUAUUAAAGAGCGGAGCAAAUCCUCAAUUACAAAAUUUAUUAAGAGAUACACCGCUACAUAUCGCAGCGGCUAUAGAUAAAAGAGGAUUUAUCGUGCAGCUUUUCUUAGAUUAUCAAGCCAAUCUUCAAUUACAAAACGUAGAAGGAAAUACACCUCUACAUAUAGCCGUUUCUUGUCAAAAUCUCAUGGCAAUAGAACAUUUUUUUAAUUAUAAAAACGGAACAGAAGUAGUUCUAAACAUCAUGAAUAAUUAUGGAAAGACACCUUUAGAUUUAGCUGAUGAAAAUAAAGAUAGUUUAAACUUUAUUAAUAAAAAAAGAAAAAAUAUUGCUCGCUAUAUGGUUACGCACCAGUUUAGUCUUGAUAAUUACAAACACUUUGUUAAUAACAUAGGAAUAGAUAUUAACAAUAUGUUAUUGGCUAAUAGACAAUUAAUAUUAACAGGUUUAAUAAAUUACUUCAAUAGGCCUGAGAUACAACCAUCAACGUUGGAGAGAAAGCUUGCGUCAAUAAAGAAUAGCAUAGAAUGUGGCGCUAGAAUAUUUAAAAUGGAUGGUAAUGGAAAAAGUAUGGUAUCUAUGCUAGUAGGCAUUGAUGAUGAUCAGAGAAAAAGAAGUGUAUGUAACACACUUGAAGCACAUAAAAAAAAGUUAUCUUUUGAAGAAGAAAAACUUUUUAUUGAAGAAGAAAAAUCUUGCAUUGAAGAAAUGCCAAACGGUUCUGAGAAAGAGCAAAUGUGUCGGUUAUUGCAAAGAUGGCAAUCUGGGGUUGAAUUAUAUCGAUGUCUAAAAGGUACUGUUGCAAAUAUGCCUGCUUUGAAUCCUAUUGAUGAUAAGAAAAGAGGCACAGAUGAACAACAAUUUAAGAGACAUAAGCAAGCCUUAAUAAAAAAAUCAAUAUUGAAAGGCUGGCUUCAACAAAGGACCAGGCCGGGUAACUACAUUGAUAAUAUAAUAAAUAUAUCCCAACCAUCGACAUCACGUGGAUGUAGUGCCCGUUCAUUUUGCGAAGAUGGUUGA